GACGUUGGUUACCCAGCUCAUGGAUCCGUACUGCAAGCCAUCUCCAUCCUACAGCUCGUCGUCAUCCAUAUCCACAACUCCAACCCUACCAUCGGUACCUGCUGGUAAUGAGCAGUCGCCAUUGAGCCCUGAUGUAGUCACUGAUGAAGAACUACAGCGAAUUUCUGUUCGUCAACUGAAUCAGCGCUUGCAGGGCCAUGAUCGACAAGUGGUAACAAUGCUGAAGCAAAAGAGGCGAACACUAAAAAAUCGUGGCUACGCUUUGAACUGUAGAGUGCGCCGAAUUCAGAAUCAAUUGCAGUUGGAAGCAGAUAACAUACAACUGAGAGAUCAGAUCCGUAGCUUGCUCCAAACCCUUGCCGAUGUCCAAGCUCGUCUACAGUACUAUGAACCAACGUUUAUGCUUCACGACUACUCCGCAUACGUGCCCACGACAAUGCCAAUGUCCUACCAUACUGGAGCCCAUCUGCUCGGCUCAGCGGCUGCUGCCGCUCAUGUCAACGUCACGAUCUGCCAAAUGCCGCAGCAGUAG